AUGUGCAGUGGACAGAGGACAGAGCUAUGGAACCAGCCAGAUCCAGGUUCAAAUCCCAGCUCCACCACAGACUGUCCCCGUGACCUCGGCGAGGGAGCUCAGGCCUCGCUUUCCAGGCCCUCCCUCUACGUGCUCUCAGCGGUAACCUCGGAGAGGCGCCCAGAGGCGACAGCCAGCGCUCCGGCGGCGUCCGAGCCGCAGGGGAUGCGGAGGGACUGCGCCUUCAGCCUCCGACCUGGAGGCCAGGAGACCGCCCCUGCCCGCGGUCCCGCCCCGCGGCGCCCAGUAUUCCCGGCUGCCCGCGGCGGGGUCCCCGGCCCCCAGCCCGCCAGCCCCGGGCGGGGCUCGCACCCACCUGCGGCGGCGCUGCGCGGCGCGGGCCGGGUCCGGCUGGGUCGUCGCUCGAGGCUGUGCGCCGCCGCGGCCGCCGCGCCUCGGCUCCCGCCGCCCGGCCCUCCCCCGGGCCGCUCCACGUGGCUGCUCCACGUAGCCCUCCCGGCUGCGGCCGCCGCCCUGGCCCGGGCAGAGUCCGGAGCGCCAGCGCCGUGGCCAGGGUCUCCGCCCCGCCCCGCCUGGCCCGCAGACCCCGGCCCGCGGCGGCCCGCACCGGGCGAGAGCGAGCGUGUGCUAUGGCAGUACUUGAGAGAGUAUGGCCGAUGUGUGACCGUCCGGGUGUGUGACCGUACAGGACCGGAAGCAGGAGCCGCAGAGGCGCGAGACCCGGCCCGCGAGCGGAGAGGCCGCUCGCAGGACACUGGGGUCAGCUCCGCGCAGACCGCCCAGGCGCGAUCCACCCACACCCUCGACGUCCUAGCACCGCCCCUCGCCACGCCCGCCGACGGGAGCACGGGCGGUGGGCGGGGCCCGGGUCCCCGAAUCGCCGGGCAGUGCGGGCGGAACCCGCACACUCAGGCGUCAGAGCCAGUCAAGAACUUGGGAGUGGAGACUCAGCAACGCGAGAGGCUGAGCUCCUCCCUGGGCCCCCAAGAUGACAGCUGGACACAGUCCUUCUCUCUGCUUUUGGGACUUGGCGCUGCCCUCUACUUGGGCUACUACUGGGCAUGGGUGGCCCAGGAGGGUAGGCCACAACUGGUGACUGGGUCCCAGUUUCUGGCCUUCCUGGAGCAACACUGUCCAGUCCCUGUGGAGACUUUCUACCCUACGCUCUGGUGUUUUGAGGGGCGGCUACAAACCAUCUUCAGAGUCUUACUGCAGUCUCCGCCUGUAGUCCCUUACUCAAGGGAAGUUCUCGAAACCCCGGAUAGAGGACAGCUCCUCCUAGACUGGGCCAGCCAGCCUAACAGCAGUCAAUAUCCUGACCCUACCACCCAGCCCAUUGUAUUACUGCUUCCUGGUGUCACAGGCAGUAGUCAGGAGACAUAUAUCUUGCACCUAGUUGACCAAGCUUUGAAGGAUGGCUAUAGGGCUAUCGUAUUUAAGAACCGGGGCUGCCGUGGGGAAGAACUGCUGACCUACAGGGCCUUCUGUGCCCGCAACACUGAAGAUCUGGAGACAGUCGUGAACCACAUAAAGAGCCGCUACUCCCAAGCUCCACUGCUGGCUGUGGGCAUCUCUCUUGGAGGGAUAUUAGUGCUGAACCACCUGGCUCGAAUGGGAUGGGCUGCGGGGUUGGUGGCAGCACUGACUCUACCUGCAUGCUGGGAUUCCUCUGAGACCACCUGCUCCCUGAAGACCCCACUGAACUCACUGCUCUUCAAUCAGCACCUCACUGCUGGGCUCUGCCGAGCUGUGAACCAAAACAGAAAGGUGAUGGAAAAGGUGGUGAAUGUAGACUUUGUGCUACAGGCCCGCACAAUCUGCCACUUUGAUGAGCGCUACACAACUGCGGUCUUUGGAUAUCAAGACUGUGCUGCCUGAACUGCCUAUUACCGAGCAGCAAGCCCAAGAACCAAGGCAGAUGCCAUCCAGAUCCCUGUGUUCUGCCUCAAUGCAGCUCAUGACCCCUUCUCCCCAGUCCAUGCCCUUCCCCUACAGGCUGCCCAACAUUCUCCCCACGUUGCACUGCUCAUCACAGCUCGGGGUGGCCACAUCGGCUUCCUGGAAGGAUUGCUCCCCUGGCAGCGCUGCUACAUGAGCCGCCUCUUGCAUCAGUAUGCCAAAGCCAUCUUCCAGCACCCAGCAGAGAUGCUCAGCCUCAGGGCACCCACUCCUUCUGAGGGAGGCAAAAGCUGACAAGAGUACCAUCUGGAGCCUCAGUUCAGUCUUCACUUGUUUAUUAAAUAUCAACU